AUGGGAAGUUCCGUCCGAAACUUGCCCGCACUCUUGCGCGGACUCAAUGCCAAGGAACUCUGUCAAAAGAUGUCCUUCUCGAUGAGUUCAACGGUUCGGUCAGAAAUUCUGGUCGAUUGUCAUGGAUCGAAGAAAGUAGUGACACUCAAUAGACCAAAGGCUUUGAACGCUCUCAACUUGAGUAUGGUUCGCGAGUUCUACCCGAAACUUCAGGAAUGGAAUUCAUCUUCUGACGUGGAUCUAGUGAUUCUGAAAGGAUCUGGAGAGAAAGCCUUCUGUGCUGGUGGAGAUGUUCUAGCUGUCGUCCGCUCUUUCAAAGAUGCCGAAAAUGGAAAAGACUGCACGAUGCAUAAAGACUUCUUCCGAGAGGAGUACAUUUUGAAUCAUCUUAUCGGUACUUUUAACAAGCAGUAUGUUUGCUUGAUUGAUGGAAUUGUCAUGGGAGGAGGAUGUGGUCUUUCUGUCAACGGAAGAUUCCGUGUCGCCACCGAGAAAACUAUGCUUGCCAUGCCAGAAACCGCUCUCGGCCUGUUCCCUGAUGUCGGUGGAUCCUAUUUCCUCUCCCGGCUCAAAGGAAACCUCGGAAUGUACUUGGCUCUCACUGGUUAUCGACUUCUCGGGGCUGACGCCUUCCAUGCCGGACUUGCUACCCAUUUCGUCGAAUCCGCACAACUUGCAAAGUUGGAGAAAGAACUUGUCAGUAUGAAAGACGUGAAUGAGAAUUCUGUGGAUGAAGUCAUACGUUCAUUCGAGCCCAAGAAAAUUCCAGAGUUCAGCCUUUCCAAAAAUCUAUCUCAAAUCAGAGACGCAUUCGGAGCCCGAAGUGUCGAAGACAUUUUAUCCAGUCUCGAGAAAGAUGGGAGUGAAUGGGCGAAAAAACAAACCGCCCUCCUCGGAAAGAUGAGUCCAACGUCUCUCAAGGUUACUCAUCGCCAAAUCACAGAGGGAAGCAAGAUGAACUACGCCAAAAUCUUCACUAUGGAGUAUCGUCUGACUCAAAGAUUCCUCGCUGACAAGGACUUCCAUGAGGGUUGCAGAGCAAUUCUCAUCGACAAAGACCGCAAUCCAAAGUGGAACCCAGCAACAUUGGCAGAUGUCAAAGAGUCUGUAAUCGACCACUACUUCUCGCCAUUGCCAAACAACACUGAUCUGAAGCUUUAA